AUGGCAACAGACCUUCCGAGGUAUGAAGUGACCGUCAAUCUCCAGCCCUACGGUCUACUGACAGACACGCAACUUUCUGGAACUGUCGCCGCCAGAUACACCUUUGACCAACCCGUCAACGGCACCGUGGAAAUCCAAGUCACGGAAAGUUUACAGCAUACGACGCGGAUUCAACAGAGGAACUGCAACUACCAACCGCCUUCAGUGAAGACAUCUUUCAAGAUCACGGGGGAGGCGAAGUUUAGCAUCCCCAUCAAUGACAUCACAACGGUUUUCAAACUUAGGAAUUAUUUAAAUCUCAAGGUCACGGCCAUCGUGACUGAGCACACAACAGGCAUUCGUAUCAAUGGCAGUUCUGACAUUACUUACCAUAGUGAACAAUACGAGGUCGAGUUCCUGGACAUUACGCCCGGUGUUUUCAAGCCGGGUCUUCGCUACACGGCCUCAGUGAAAGUGAGCACACCUGACGGCAGGCCACCCACAGAUCCCAACACUCACCUGUCCGUGUACACACGUGUCAUGUAUAAAAUGACGGUGCCAGACAACCGCCUGUAUGACGUCGACGUGUUCACGGGGAACUACCCGCUGCCGCCUGUCAACGCGUCACUUCCCGCUGACGGCAUCGUUCAUGUUGAUAUAGACAUCCCCAGCAACGCGUCCAGUAUUGGUAUCAAGGUCGUGUCUAAAGGAAGCAUUCAACACUCUGGCACCGUCAACGGAAAUGGUCAGAAGGAGUUUACCUUCCUGCUACAGGUGACCCCGUCCAUGGCACCCACUGCCCACCUGCUGGUAUACUACAUCAGGGGAGCUAAUGAUGUCAUCGCCGACAGCUUGGCGUUUGUAGUCGGUGGGGCGUUCAACAAUAAGGUGUCGCUGUCCUUCAGUGCCAACCAGAGCCAGCCACGUGACGAGGUUCAGCUGACCGUGACCGCUGACCCAGAUUCUCACGUCUUCGUCACGGCUGUUGACCAGAGCGUGUUGCUGCUCAAGUCUUCUAAUGACGUCACAACAAAACAGAUCCACAGCGAACUUUCAACUGCCCUGAAAGAAGCCGCACCUUCAAGCCCCGAGUUCGCCUUAUCUGAGAGCACCAUUCACACGGCUGAGAUGUUUCAGGUGUCUGUUACCUUAAAAUCUUGCCCUAAUUUCAAACUGGUGAAGUUCACUGACAACAGAUCGGAGUAUUUAGAGGCAGACUUUACAGUAACGACCAUUCAGGUGGGGUCCAACCAGCAAGGUGUGACCUACUUCCCAAUCCUGGCAUCUGUGGCUGGGGCACUGGACCUGGACGUGUCUGCCAAAUCUUCAAUGGCGGCUGACGCUGUACGAGGUCAGGUCAAUGUCAAGCUGGAAGGAGCGCCAAUUACCGUCAACCAGCCUGUCUACAUUAGCCUUAAUUCAACGGUUCCAGUCUUCAAGUCCCUGAACAUCACCUUUCCCACAACAGUGGUAGCUGGCUCCAAAAAAACCAGAGCUACGUUCACAGUUUCACAGGUGAGUCAGAUGAACAUUGGCACUUUCACAGGUGAGUCAGAUGAACAUUGGCACUUUCACAGGCUUACCGCCCUUGUCAGCCGGUUGCUCCACGAAUCACGUGACUUCAUGCAGGUACCUGAGACUUACCUGCAAGGCGCCGUAUCGUGGCUGGUGGACAGGCAGAAUGAAGAUGGUUCUUUUAAAGAGUUUUCUACAGUACAAGAUGAGGCCAUACAAGGCUCCGGACCUGUCCUCACUUCCCACGUUCUGUUGAGUUUUGUGGAGAAUACGGAGUGGGCUCUAGACCAACAGCUUACAGAGAACGCCAAGUUGCUGACCCAGGCUACACUGAAAGCUAGAACAUACCUGGAGAAGACGGUGGAGAUGGAUGUACUUGUUGACCCCUAUACUCUGGCUGUGGUCAGCUAUGCUCUCGCCAUGUCAAACAGCUCAGCCUCAACUUUAGCCCUAAACAAACUGUUGACUUACGCCAAACGUGAAGGCGGCCUUCUCUACUGGAGAGCGGACAGUUCAGACGAAGAGCAGCAAGAACAUCCGCCAAGAUGGCGUCCAGUCCACAAGCAGGCCAGGUCUGCUGACGUCAUCAUCACAUCCUACGCCGUGUUGACCUUCGUGGCCCUGGGUCGUCUGGAGGAGGCGGUCCCUGCAGUCACGUGGCUGACGUCACAGAGAAACCCACAAGGAGGCUUCGUCUCCACCCAGGACACGACAGUGGGACUCCAGGCUCUCUCAGAGUUUGCGACCCUGUCCUUAAGACCAGACACAUCUGUGUCUGUUACAGUGGACGACACACAGUCCAUCAGGAGGUUCAACAUCACACGGGACAACGCUCUGACCCUACAGACUCAAGAGUUGAAUGACUCACCAAGCAAUGUCAUGAUAAAAGCUACUGGUACUGGUAUAGCUCUAGUUGAGGUGUCCAACAGUUUUCAUGUGGAGGAGGAGCUGACCAGUCCGUCAUUUGACGUCACGGUGGUGUUGCUGGAGGAUGAGUUAGAUCGUAUUAAGAUGAUGGUGUGUACAAAAUUAUUGAGUCAGAGAAGCGCCGGUCUGGUAGUCCAAGAAGUGGGAAUACCUUCAGGGUUCCAGCCAGAUCUCACGGCUGUAGACAACGUCGCUGGGCUCGUCAAGACGGAGGUCAAGGGAAACUUUCUCAACGUCUACUUGGAUGAGAUAAGCGUGUCUUCUGUCUGCUACACGCUGAAAAUGUUUCGUGAGGCCAAAGUGGCAAGGUCACAAAAAUAUUACGUCAAAACAUACGAUUACUAUGAGCCAGUAAACCAGGCUACCGUGUUCUAUCACCCGAAAGCCAUUAGAGAAUCUAAAAUUUGUGACGUCUGCCCGGGUUGCUGCCCCUAG